GAGUCAGUCCAGCAGUUCAGCGAAGCCUCUCGUCGCGCUUGGACACGAGUUUCUCAUAGAGACAUAGUCAAUUUUUUUUUGUUAAUUGUUAUAUACGUUGUUUUUUUAUUAUACAUAUGUUGUAGGUUUAUAUACAAACUCGAGUGCGACUUUUUCUUUUUUGGUGAAAUUUUUAUUUAAGCAACAGACAUCAUUGUUUGCAGUACAAAGUAACAUUUACUCUUUUUUUUAUAUCCAGGUUUUGUACUUCACAAGAAACGAAUAAACGGAUUUAUUUAUCUCGGAUUUCCCCAUAUUGACGACAUCACAAAAAAAACUAUGUCUUCACGGACAGCUCCUCUACAGGAUGAUCAGAAAUUUGCUCUUAUGAAGUUUCGACGAAGUGUGGCGGACGUACUGAAACCAGAACAUGAUGAUUAUUAUUUGCUUCGAUGGCUUCGAGCAAGAAAUUGGAAUCCUGAUGCUGCGGAAAAAAUGUUAAGAAAUAGUGUUAAAUGGCGUGAGAGAUGGGGUGUUGACACAAUCGAAAAUUGGAAAACUCCACAACCUCUUGUAGAUUACCUCGUUCAUGGGCUAUCUGGUUUCGACAAAGAAGGAGCUCCAUUCAUUGUUGUUCCCUUUGGACCUCUGGAUAUGUAUGGGAUCCUUCAUACAGUAUCUCAAGGUGAUUUAAUUCGCGUAACAAUACGUUAUUUGGAGAAAUACCUGAGGCUAGCCUAUGAGCAAAGUCUAAAGCAUGGCAAUAAUGCGAGACAAUUGGUGGUUCUAUUUGAUAUGGAUGGGUUCAAUGUAAAGCAGUAUACCUGGCGACCAGCUGUGGAAGCUGUGAUACAAUUAAUUAAAAUGUACGAAGCAAAUUAUCCGGAAAUCCUCAAAUAUUGCUACAUUGUAAAUGCCCCAAAAGUCUUUGCAUUCGUCUACAAUAUUGUCCGGAAGUUCCUAGAUGAGUACACCAUCAAUAAAAUUCACAUUUACAAGGCGGAUCCGCAGAAGUGGCAACCAGCUGUAUUUGAGCGUGUCAAUGCUGAUAAUUUGCCCAAAUGCUACGGUGGUACGUUGGUAGACAAGGAUGAUGAUCCUAAGUGCAGGGAAUUCAUUAUGUGGGGCGGAAAGGUACCCGAAGAGAUGUACAACAAAAAGGACGAUGAGAAUAAUAAUGAUUUCACGGAGACAACGAUAAGGAAAGGGGGUAAAUUCAAAAUGGAAUUUGAUUGCAAAGACAACGGAUGUUUUCUCAAAUGGGAAUUCCGGACGUAUGAUCAUGACAUUCGAUUUGGAAUAAAAUGCAGAAAUGAAAAGACAGGUGAAGUCACAGAAGAGAUCCCACUGAAACGUGUUGCCUCCCACCAAUUGGAUGAAGUGGGCUUCAUAACAUGCCAUCCAAAUUGCAAGUACUUUGUCGUUUUCGACAACACCUACAGUUACUUAAGAAAUAAGAAAAUACGCUACUCGGUCAUUUUGACGGAACCUAUAAGUGAAACUGAUAUUUUGGAUGUUAUUGAAUAAAAUUUCCUUUAUAAAUAAUUAAAUUUGACAACAUAUAGGAUAUUUUUCUAUCAUUAUAAGAAAAUUGCUAUAGCUGUGAAAAUUAUAUACCUCUCAAGCUGGCCGUAAGCUUUAGAGCAAUAAAGAAAACCAUUUCUCGCCAAAAAUUACCAAUGAUGGAAAAAUGUGACAAUAUAUAAGAUAUUCUUAUUUUAAGGGAUUUCAUAUGAAUUUUUAAAAUAAAGGAAAUUUACAAAAAAACAAAGGGAUAAGAAAAGUUUAGAUUUUUAAAUGGGAAUUUUUUUUAAAAAUAUAGUUUGAAGAUAAGAAAAUAUAUCCAGGAUACCCAGAAAAUACAGAUUUAUUGCCAACUGGGGUGAAUAGGAACAUCAAAAUGAAUAAUACGAAAAUCUUUCAAUAAAACAUUUUGUUUAAAAGCUUAAAUGCAACUAAAAGUGAUCCAAGUUACCCCAGUUGACGGUACAAUGCUGACAUUACCCAAGAAAUAAAAGGAAAAGAGCUGUGUCCUUGAUUGCACAGCUAAUAUAAAUAAUUAAUUAAAUGAAAAAAAGGCUGUAAAUUUGUCUUGUACUAGAAUAAUAGAUUUUAUUAUGAUAUUAAAAUAUGAAUUUAAAAUUUUGCAUUAACGAAAAAAAAUUGUAUUGUAUGCAGGGAUUUGGUGGCCACAAGAAAGGAAAUACGGUGUUAUAUCUGUAUUGGUGAUAUGAGUCAAUAAAUUCUUUUUUUUUAUUUACCAAAGAAUAAAAAAAAUAUAUUAAAUUCAUGAGAAAAUGUGGUUGAACGAGGGAUGCAAAUGAGAAAAAAAGGGAGAACAAUAAACCACAGAGAUAAUGUCUUUUACUCAAUACGCGAAACUUAUUUUUCUUCGUACCAUUCACACGAAAUCAUUUAAAUUCUUUUUAAAUUUAUGUACAAUAGAAUUGGGCUAUUAUGGAGUAAAUUUUAAAGGGGAGAAUACAGAAGAAUUAUUUUAUGAUUUCACUUUUUUUCCUUAAAACAUUUCUUUAUCUUUUCACUACCGUUGAUCAUAAUUUUCUUAUUUUGUGAUAUAAUUUCGUGUUUUUUUUUAAAUGAGCAAAAAUUUAACGCUAAUUAAAUCCGGUAUGAUCUAAAAAAUAUUUUGCUUCUGCUAUUGAGCAAUAAAAUUAAUAAUUCAUUUUUAAGAAAAAACAUCAAAACGAAUAGUUCAAGAUUAAGAUACUUUAUUUUCGAUAAAACUAAAAAUUUCAUUUCUUUUGUAUUUGAGCGAAUUUUUUUUUGAUGGGCGAAAGAGUAUAGAAAGGUCAAAGGUUAACCCUUAAUUAUGUAUUUGUAUUUUAAGAAAUGGUCUGGUGGUGAUAAGACUUAGAGAAUAAAUAGUAAAUAAAUUCUUAUACAAA